AUGCCGUCCUACGAAGAAUCAUAUGGCCAACAGGCCUCUCAAGCAGCAGUCACAGGUACAGGCGCAACCGAUACCGAGGGUGCCGUCCAAGCCCCACCUGACUCCAGAUCCCCCUCUGAACUCCCACCUGCUGCCCUCGACUUAGCAGCGCGCCUCUUCGACCUCGCCCGCAGUGGGGACACAUCUACCCUUUCCCAAUACGUCAGCGCCGGCAUCCCCAAGAACCUCACCAAUGCAUCCGGCGACACACUUCUCAUGCUGGCAUCGUACCACGGUAAUGCCGAGACUGCAAAGAUGCUCUUAGAUAGCGGCGCCGACGCGAAUGUGUUGAACGGGAGAGGUCAGAGUCCUAUUGCGGGCGCGGUGUUCAAGGGAUAUGACGACGUUGUUAGAGUGUUGUAUGAGGGGGGAGCGGAUGUAGAAAAGGGGCAACCGAAUGCUGUAGAUUGUGCGAGGAUGUUCAAGAGAGGGAACUGCUUGAAGCUAUUUGGGGUGGAAGAGGGGGAAGGCACCGUGGUAGACGUGGAUGCACACGCGACGUCGUAG